AUGGCCCAACGCGCCCACCGUAUCCCCUGGCGCAGCCUAACCUCGCACCUCAUCCACCGUGCCCCAACCCACACCAGCCCGGACACCACCAUCGCCAACCUCUACUUCCGCUUCCUCCCCACCCAAGCCAAGGAUCUAGGCCAUUUCGCCACCUCCUUCGCUCGCGCCUUCAACGAGGACACGACCGCUGCGCGGCAACAGUACGCCCCGAAAUACCUCCCCCCGGCGCGCGACGAACUCCUCCUAGACGACCGCCUAGCCGCGCGCAUCCACCCCCUCACCUUUCGCUGGCACCACCCCAAGAGAAACAUUCAGAAGACGCAGCAGCUAUGCCAGCACAUCGACAGCACCGCCGACUUUGCCUGCGGCUGUCCGCUCCCCUACACCGAACGCCGGGCCGCUGCCUUCCUCCGGCCCUACCAAUGGAACGACUGUUUCCGGUUCGAAGAGGUCAACGGCGACGGGUUCUUCAAUCUGCAGGUCGUCAGCACCCUGCUCGUGCUCGGGGAGAUGGAGAUCGUUUUCCGGCUGUGCGCGCAUCCCGAAAUUGGGCUGAAGGAGUGGAUGCGCGUGCAGGAUUGUUCCUGUAUGGAACUAAUGGACCACGGGUGGGGCCCGGUCUUCGACGCCGCGCUGGAGAUGUACCUGACGUUGAAUACUCUCUACUGCUUCCCGGAGUUACACUCUUCUUCUUCUUCUUCUUCGGCCGCGAAACAUGCAGCCGGGACCAGGGCCUAUGCGCACGACUACCGCACCACAAAAAUGUACCAGCGCCCGGUUGACGAGUGGACGCGCCUCUGGCAAGCGACGGAGAUGUCGCGGUACCCGCACCGCCAGUUUCUGGGCCUGGAGCCGCAGUUCGGCUUCGCGAGCCAGGUGCUGAUCCGGGACCAGGGACAUCGUCAACAGGACACAGCGCGCGUCGAGGCCUAUCUCCGCGAGCGAGGCGUGCCCGACGACUGGGCGGCGGAGGUGACGAGCUUGAGCGACGAGGGCGAAAAGGAGCCCCGAUCGCGGCUAUGCGUGCCGCAUGAUCCGCUCCAUGAGCGGAACCGCCGACAGCUGCGGCGGUAUCUGCACCGCUGCUGGCAGAUUAUGGUGCGCUGUAAUAUGCUGGCGAGGGAGUUGGGCGCGGAGAUCGAUUGGGCGUGGGAGGUGGUAAGGGCCCUGGAGAAGCUGGUCUCGUGUCCGCCGGGGAUGAAGCUUUACAACCAUCGAUACGGUCCGGAGAGGUUGGAUGUGUAUACCCUGCAGGGAGGGAGUGAGGAGCCUUCUUACACGAUCCGUGUUCGGCGCGAGUGGUGA